CUACCAUGUCAUCCCCCGACCUGCCCUCAUCCCCCGACCUGCACUCAGCCGUGCAGAGCUCCGACGUCUCAGCUUGUCUCGAGCAUGCCUCGUAGGCCAUUCACGCUCAGCACCGGACGCCAGCGAGCCCCGCCCUCUCCUGCUUAGCGCGCUGGCCCUCUCGCGUUCAGUGAUCGCUCGUGCCCGUUCCUCACCGCACUGCGACGGCGCGCGCGACGACACACGCGAUGGAGGCGCUGUUGAGCAUUCGGCGCUCCGCUGCGCACAAUCGGCGCUUCGCUGCUGCGAGCGACCCAGAGGGUCAAGGCGAGGCGUCCUCCUCCCGCGCAGUCGGCGAGCGCUGUGCCAUAUGCCGCCAGGAGGAGGCUCGCUACACCUGUCCAUCGUGUCAAGCGCCGUAUUGCUCGCUUCGAUGCUACAGAAGCACAACGCACGCCAGCUGCUCUCAGCUAUUCACCCAGCGUCUCCUCGAGUCCGACGCUCAAGAAGGCGAUGCGCCCGGCGCGAGCGAGCAGGAGAGGCGAGACAUUGCUGAUUUGCUGGUCAGAUACCGCUCGGGUGCGGCAGACGAGCGCGGCGAUGGCGACGGCGAGGAGGAAGGCAGCCCUGCGUCAGUCUCUGAUGUCCACGCUGAUGACGGGGCGCUGCACAUCGAUGCGCUGACUCUUGACACUGCCUCUCCCGCCGAGCUUCUGAGACGCCUGACGCCGGCCCAGCGUGCGGCAUUCUCCGAGUAUCUCAGCUCGGGAGACCACGCAGCGGACGAAGCGGCGACGCCCUGGUGGGAAGGCCACCCUCUGGAGCUCUCUGCUUCGUUCAAGGCCGCUUUGGCUCCUCUGCAAACGGAUGGCCGAGCGCUCGGAUCGAGACUGCACGCCAAUCUCCUGGCGGUGGUGCUGAUCUACGUGCAUCUUCUCAAGACGCUGGAGCUGCGCUCGCUCUCGGACGUGAUCAUGCCGCCAACACAAGUCACAGUCCCGUCACACAGCCCUCCGCCGCUAGAGGCUUCCCUGCCGCUGGACGAAUUGCCUCGAUCAGGGCAGCAGUCCAGCAAUAUCGAAGAUCUGCUCAGCCGCGAAGCAGCAUCCUACCUGGCCACUGUGCGCACAACGCUUGCUCGUGCCGCGCCCUUCUUCGUGCACAGCCGUGGGCCAAGCGCGAGGGAAGUCAUCGCGGACGCGCACGGAGCCGGAAUGCGAGUGCUGGGCGCAUUGACGCUCGCAGGAACCGAGCCCGCUGCUCAUCUCCUCUCCCUCAUCGACGGCGCUCAGGCGUUGCUGUUUCCGGGAGUGAGCAGCGAAGGACCGUCUCGCGUCGAGCUCGUCUUCUCCGACAUUGCGCAGGCAAUACCCGAGACGCUCAGAAAGGCCGCGUUCUACGCCGCCGCUUGGCGCGACAGCUCGCACGAGACACUCCGACACGACAUGGCGCAAGAGCGCGCUCGCCUGUCGGCUGAAGUCGAGCGCACCGUCGACGAGGAGCGCCUUCGCGCCGUGAGAGAGCGUGAGGAGAGCAUUCUGGACGCGCGGGCGGCUCGACCAGGCGCCGGCACCAGCACGCGCACGAUCAAUGUCAUCUGAUUAGAGCUGCUC